UGCAUUUUAAGAGCAUUAUUUGAGAUGUCUAUAGAUUUCAAUGUGACACACCAAAAAAAAAAGGGGGGGGUUAAGAACUUUAUUUUAGAAGAAUUAGGGAGAUUUGAAUGCUAAUAACAAUAAUACCUGGGUAGAAACUGUGUAGCUGCCGCUGGGAUAGGAGCUGGAUCUGGCUCUGAGGGAGAAUUGUAGCAAUGGCAGAUGAGAUUAGCAAAGCACAGACUGCCCAGCCUGGCGGAGACACCAUCUUCGGGAAGAUAAUUCACAAGGAAAUCCCAGCCAAAAUAAUUUUUGAGGAUGACCAGUGUCUUGCUUUCCAUGACGUUUGCCCACAAGCCCCAACUCAUUUCCUGGUGAUACCUAAGAGACCUGUUACCCAGAUAUCUGUAGCAGAAGAUGAUGAUGAAAAUCUUGGACACUUAAUGAUUGUUGGGAAGACAUGUGCAGCUGACUUGGGACUGAAGAAAGGAUACCAGAUAGUGAUUAAUAAAGGUCCUGAUGGGGGGCAAUCUGUCUAUCAGAUCCAUCUGCAUAUCCUUGUUGGACGUCAAAUGAAAUGACCUCCUGGAUAAAUUGUUGGA